CUCUCAUUGGUCAAAAAUUUCAGAUACACCUAAAUAAAAAUGGACGAAUACGAUCGCGAAUCGCAUGCUCACAACAAUGUACAUCAUAGAAAUCCACAUCAACAACGUGCAGAAUACUUAAAAAAGCCGCCAAUCAUUCAGGUCGCCGAAUCGCCAGAAGGAUCGGUGAUGGAUCAAUCACAAGCUGAAAUUCUUCAUCACCAUGACAAUUUUUACCAUACAACUAAAAGUUUAUUGAUACUCUUUCAAAUAAUGGGAGUAAUGCCGAUCGAAAGGGAGGUGGGACGAACUACGUACAGGUGGACAUCUGCAACAAAUGUUUGGGCCUAUUUCAUAUUUUCAGUUGAGACCAUAUUCGUCACAAUUGUUUUUCAAGAAAGGCUCAAGCUAGUUUUACUGCCUGGUAAACGUUUUGAUGAAUACAUUUAUGCUAUAAUAUUUAUAAGUAUACUUAUCCCCCACUUUCUUCUGCCAAUUGGAGCAUGGACAAAUGGAUCAGAAGUGGCUAAAUUUAAAAAUAUGUGGACGAAAUUUCAAUACAAAUACUACUGCGUCACAGGAACACCUGUCGUUUUCAAAAAUUUGUCAGCAAUAUCAUACGGUCUUUGCGUAAUAUCAUGGCUAGUUGGAGUUUUAAUAAUGUUAGCCCAAUUCUAUCUUCAACCAGAUAUGCUUCUAUGGCAUACGUAUGCUUACUUCCACAUUCUUGCAAUGUUGAAUUGCCUUUGUUCACUAUGGUUCAUUAAUUGUACCGCAAAAGGAAGAGCUGCUCGUUGGCUAUCGGAAAACCUCCACAAUGCUUUACAAAGUUCAGAUCCGGCGAGUAGACUGGCUGAAUACAGAGAUCUAUGGGUAGAUUUAUCUCAUAUGAUGCAACAAUUAGGAAAAGCGUACAGUGGAAUGUAUGCCAUGUACCUCAUCCUCAUUUUAUUAACAACGGUUGUCGCUAGUUACGGAUGCUUGACAGAAAUUCUAGACCAUGGUUUAUCUUUUAAAGAAGCAGGCUUAUUUCUAAUAGCCAUCUAUUGCAUGGCUUUAUUGUUCAUCAUUUGCAAUGCAGGACAUCAAACAACCCACAAAAUGGGAGCUGAAUUUCGAGAGAGAUUGUUAAGUGUCAAUAUAGGUGCUGUAGACCAAAGAACAAGGCAAGAAGUUAAUAUGUUUCUAACAGCCAUUGACAAGAAUCCUCCUAUAAUGAAUUUAAAUGGUUAUGCCAAUGUUAAUAGAAAAUUGAUAUCAUCGGUUAUUACAUCAAUGGCGACAUAUCUGGUAAUGUUAAUGCAAUUUCGACUCUCGCUGAUGAGAAAUGCUGCAAUUGCUACGAGAAGGGCUGCAAUAGCAAAUAUGACGGCAAUGGCAGAACAACAGGCAGUAAAUCAUUAGUUGUAAAUUAUUCAUAGUUUUACAUUUAUUUAUAACAAAAAUUUGCACUUCUACAGAAGUUAUAAACUC